GUGGAAGCGACACGUGGCUCAUUCUUCUUGCGGCUAUUUUUAUUCCUUUUCUCUUUCUUUAUAAACUGGUCCCAAAUCCAAUUCAAUCUCCAUUCCUCUUUCUACAAUUCCUUCAAAACUCUUCAAUUUUUACCUCUAAAUCCUUUAUUUUACCAAAUUUCUUCAAAUCAAGCCCCUUUUACUUGUCAUAUCAUAAAUUUCUGGUUGUAAUUUUAUAAAGAUUCAAACUUUUUCCGGAUUUUUCUUUGGAAAUUAUGGAGGUUUCAGUUAUGGGAAGUUCUCAGGUAAAUUUGGGUAGGAGUGAUUUGGGAUGUAGAGAAAUUGCUAGUUUUAAUUUAAAUUCAAAGAUAUCCUCUUCUGUGAAGAUUUCAAGAGUAUGUAUUGGCCAAAGUAUUAAAUGGCCUUUAAAAUCUUUGAAUGGAUUCAGUUUGAAAGCCUCUGCUUGUUCACAAGUUGAACCAGUUAUAUCAGAGAAUGAUUCUACCAACAGAAAAUCUAAGCCGAAUGAUGGCGUGAAACUAUUUGUUGGGUUGCCACUUGAUGCUGUUUCAAGUACUAAUACGGUAAACCAUGCUAGAGCAAUUGCAGCUGGAUUAAAAGCGUUGAAGUUACUCGGUGUAGAUGGCAUAGAACUCCCAGUUUGGUGGGGGGUUGUUGAGAAGGAAACCAGGGGAAAGUAUGACUGGACAGGCUACCUUGCACUUGCUGAAAUGAUCCAAAAACUGGAUCUUAAGCUUCAUGUCUCACUUUGCUUCCACGCGUCAGAGGAACCGAAAAUCCCACUUCCAGAAUGGGUUUCUCGGAUUGGUGAAUCUGACCCUAGUAUCUUCUUUAAGGACCGUUCAGGACAACACUAUAAAGAUUGUCUCUCGUUCGCGGUUACUGAUGUUCCUGUUCUUGAUGGAAAGACUCCAGUUCAAGUGUACAAAGAGUUCUGUGAGAGUUUCAAGGAUGCUUUUUCCCCAUUCAUGGAUUCCACAAUCACGGGAAUUUCCUUGGGUCUAGGACCAGAAGGCGAGCUUCGCUAUCCUUCUCAUCACAAUCCAUCCAAAAUGAACAAUCAUCAGGGAGCUGGUGAAUUCCAGUGUUAUGACGAAUACAUGUUGAAUUCUCUCAAACAGUAUGCUGAAAAUAGCGGGAAUCCUCUAUGGGGACUUGGCGGUCCACACAACGCCCCUGGAUAUGAUCAAUCACCUAUGACAAGCAACUUCUUCAAGGAGCAUGGAGGAUCUUGGGAGACGACUUAUGGUGACUUUUUCCUUUCUUGGUACUCAGAGCAGCUGAUUUCACAUGGAAACCGACUUCUUUCUCUUGCCUCUGAAAUUUUCAAUGACGUUCCGAUCUCAAUUUGUGGUAAAGUUCCGCUUGUGCACUCUUGGUACAGAACCCAAUCCCACCCUAGCGAGCUAACAGCAGGUUUCUAUAACACUACCAACAGAGAUGGUUAUGAAGCAGUAGUUGAGAUGUUCGCAAAGCAUUCGUGCCAAAUUAUCUUGCCCGGGAUGGAUCUCUCGGACCAGCACCAGCCAAAUGAAUCCCUUUCGAGCCCAGAGUUAUUGCUUGCUCAAAUCGCAGCAUCUUGCAGAAGUCACGGAGUGGAAAUCUUGGGGCAAAACUCAAUGGUUGCUAAUGCCUCAAAUGGUUUUGAACAGAUAAAGAAGAACUUGUCAGGUGAAAAAGAAGUCAUGAGCUUGUUCACAUAUCAAAGAAUGGGUGCUGAUUUCUUUUCUCCUGAACAUUUCCCUUCAUUUACUCAAUUCGUUCGGAGCCUUAAUCAACCAGAAUUGGAUUCAGAUGAUCAGCCGCUGAAACAGGAAGAACGUGUUGAAUCGCUUACUGGUAAUAUUCUCCAGAAGCAAACAGCUUAGGUUCAGAUUCUAUGUAUAUAUUUGGACAUCACCUUAUGUAUAUCACUUAGAAAUUCUAGUGCUAGUAUUACACAUUUGUUAGUGAUAAGCUGGUUGUAGCUGAAACCUGUUUAUCUGUUAUAUAUUUAUUAUAAUAACUAGUAUGAGAAAGUUCCUUGGCAUGAAUUAUGAAAAUUUUGGUUGUCUUGACUCUUGA